AUGUCUUGGCUGGUGUUAUGUCUGUUACCGCUCCUACAGAUCGUCAGCGCAAUACGACCUCCUCCCACGAAAGGACCACAAAUAUUCAACCCACCGGCAGCAUUGUUUCAGGCUCGAGCGACGUCAUCAGACGAGCUUGAUCCAUGCCAGUAUAUGCUGCAAAAUUUGACUAGUAUUGAAAAUCUUCGAGCUCACGAAUUCGCUUCUUUGGAGCAAUGCCUUUACUACUUUCUGGCCGGUGAGAGUGCAAAGCGGAUGAAA